AUGUUGGCUUCCAAAACACCGUAUUCGGUGCCUCUGGGCGGGCCGACCACCCAGACACCGGCAGCAACCUACAUGUCUACGACAUCGCAACGGCCGACGAUGCACACGAAACCCCAGGAGGGCGUGGGGUUUAGCAGCCCGACAAAGUCGGAAUUUUCAGAUGGCCAGGACGAACUGGCGUCCGUGAGGGCGUGGGAUGAGAAGCGGGUGAUCACCUGGCUUCAUGGUAUCAAGUGUGGCCAAUAUGAGCCUAUUUUUAAAGCCAACAACUUCACGGGGGAUAACUUGCUCGAAUGUGACCAAAAGAUCCUGCAGGAAAUGGGCAUCAAGAAAGUCGGGGACCGAGUGCGCAUCUUCGUUGCCAUCAAGCAGCUCCGGACCAAGACCGGUCCGACGUGCCGAGCAAAGAACAUGCAAACAUUGGCUGCACUGGAGAAGGCAGCAUUGGCCACAAAGCUGCCGACCCGCCGGUUGUCCCAGCUUGAUGAUGGUUACUCGCCGCUUGGCGGAGACUUUAGUCUCCGUGCUGGUCGCUACAACAAUGGCCGAAACCUGAGUACCGGCGACGCUAAGCAUCCACGGAAUCCAAGUCUGGAUGGCAUCACCAUGGGCGCUCUCCCACCAAACUCCCCAGUGAUUCGGGUCAUCUACACCGGUGGUCAAACCAAGGUUCUCGAUAUCCGCAACUGUAAAACGCACGACGAGGUCAUUCUGUGUGUAUUGAGGAAGCUUCAGCUUCCUGAGCACCAGUACAGAAACUAUUGCUUCUACGUGCUGGACGGGUUGGAUCCGGAUUUGUCCAAUUGCAGGAAACUUACGGACAAGGAGCUUAUGGAGAUUUGUGAAGGUGUUAACAAGUCUGAACGAGGCCGUUUGAUUCUUCGGAAAGUCCAUGCAGGGGAACCCGACAUGGACGAGAUUCGCCGCGCGUCUCAGCUCGCCGUUGACGAAAGUCAGGCACAACAUCUGAGUGCUUUGAGCGGCUCGAACAUGCGCAACCAGCUCAAGAUCCAACAGCUGACGGGUGAAUCAUGGCAUAAUAUCAAGCAGCCCAUUUCUCCCCGGGGCCCUGGUCCUCGGCAUCGUCCGUCUAAUUCCACCGAUCAAGAUGCCCUCCCGCCACCCUCUGCUAUCGAACGCCAUCCCGAGCGUCAUCCGGUGUCUAAGCUACGCUCGUUCUUUGGACAACGACCUCCGAGUGAGAUGAUCAUUCACGAACUUCCAUCCUUCUUCCCCAGUCAUGACAAGGAGGACAUCGAGAAGACGAUGCGCAUGUCUGUCCGAAGAUCCCAACGCCUGAGUCGCGCAGCAAGCCGCAUGAGCCGCAUGAGUGUUGUCAGCAAUUACAGCUACGCAUCCAGUCUCAAGGACGCGCCUCCAUUACCGCCUCUACCUCAAAUCCCCCCAAUUCCUAGUAUUGCCGACAGCUGGCUUCAAGGCCAACCUGGAGCACAGGCCAACCAACAGAGCUCACGGCCUUUGUCAGUCUCCAAAUUCAACCUCCCUCAAUCCUCAUAUCGGGAUUCUGUCGCUUCCAGUUCUCUUCAGCCUCUUCAAGAGGAGUCUCCUGUGGAGCCGAAUCGCAAGUCGUACGUCUCCUUUGACAGUGGCUCCUCCGAUGAGCCGAACCCUGCCCGCCAGAGCUUUUUCGACGAGAGCAUGAGCGUCGCCGCUACUGAUGGUGGUUCGUUCAACGACCGUUUGAGCGCUUUCGUAGCUGAGGAUGGCGAGGAAGAGGACGCGGACCUGAGCGAUUUCUUGGCUGGAAAUAACUUUGCGCCCAAGAACUGGAUGAAGGGUUCCUUGAUUGGUGAAGGUUCUUUCGGAAGCGUCUUCCUUGCCCUCCACGCCGUUACCGGUGAGCUCAUGGCUGUCAAGCAAGUCGAGAUCCCCUCGGCCACGAAAGGGACCGAGUUCGACCAGCGGAAGAACAGCAUGGUCACGGCCCUCAAGCACGAGAUCGAACUCCUACAAGGGCUUCACCACCCGAAUAUCGUGCAAUACCUUGGCACCGCGACCGAUGACCAGUACCUCAACAUUUUCCUGGAGUACGUGCCGGGCGGCUCCAUCGCAACGAUGCUGAAACAAUACAAUACCUUCCAGGAGCCCCUGGUAAAGAACUUCGUCCGGCAGAUUCUUACCGGUCUCUCCUACCUCCACAGCCGGGACAUCAUCCACCGCGAUAUCAAGGGUGCCAACAUCCUCGUCGACAACAAGGGCGGCGUCAAGAUCUCCGACUUCGGCAUCUCCAAACGCGUGGAGGCAUCCACGGUCCUGGGCUCUCGCGCCAGCGUCGGCGGCGGCGCAGGCAGCCAUCUGCACCGCCCUUCCCUGCAGGGCAGCGUGUACUGGAUGGCACCCGAAGUCGUGCGCCAGACAGCGCACACCAAAAAGGCCGACAUCUGGAGCUUGGGCUGUCUCGUCGUCGAAAUGCUGAGCGGCGUUCAUCCCUUCCCGGACUGCAGCCAGCUGCAGGCCAUCUUUGCCAUUGGCAGCAACCAGGCCCGUCCGCCUGCUCCAGAGCACGUCAGCCAGGAGGCCGUCGAGUUCUUGGACAUGACCUUCCAAGUCGACUACGAGCUGCGCCCGAGUGCGGAUGAGUUGCUCCAGUGCAAGUUCUUGGCCAACACGCUUCCUUGA